AUGACAUCGAUUCAUCACCGAAGCGACAGCCAGGUCAUGGCAUCUCUUUACUUAUACGACCCUUCACUGGCUGCCGCUUGCGUCUUCAUCGUCCUAUUUUCUUCAACUCUUACUGCUCACGCGAUUAUUCUUUACAAGAGACGAACGCGCUUCUUCAUUCCAUUCAUCGUCGGCAUUAUCUCCCAAACCCCGAACUGGCAGGUGAUGCCAUACGCACUGCAGUCUCUCAUGCUGCUUAUCGCUCCGUCUUUACUCGCAGCAUCCAUCUACGGCAUGUUAGGUCGCUUAAUUAUUCUAUCAAACGGCCAAGACUACAGCCCGGUCAAGCCGAAGAUUCUUACGAAGGUUUUCAUCACGAGUGAUGUCCUCUCCUUUCUGGUACAGAACGGAGGUGGGGGUAUUCUCACCAAUGCCAAGUCGCCGAGCAAGAUUCAACUGGGAGAAAACGUCAUCAUUGUUGGUCUUUUCAUCCAGCUCAUCGGCUUCGCUCUUUUCAUUGCUGUCACAGCGGUCUUUCAAUGGCGUAUUUCUCAAGAGAGAAGUCAGAGUCUGAGACACGCCGCCUCAUGGGAGAAGUUCCUGUGGAUCUUGUACGGUGUCAGUGCACUGGUCUUGAUCCGUUCACUUUUCCGCGUCAUUGAGUACAUCCAAGGCUAUGAUGGAUACUUGCAAACAACCGAGGUGUUCCUCUACGUCUUUGACGCGGCUCUUAUCUUUCUCGUCACUUUCAUACUAGCUGUGUUCCACCCCAGCAAGGUAAUGACCGUGGAUGAAGACGGAAACGUCAUUUCCGCUGAAGGAUCACAUGAAUUGAGAAGUUUCGUGCCAUUGGGAACCUCCAGCGCUCAGGAUUUAAGUGCAAGCUGGGCCCCCAAGAAUACUCAUGAGAGGGAGUAUGGUGGUCACUGA